AUGUCAUCGAUCCUCAACGUUCUCCGCUCGGCCCCUACUCCCACCCGUCACUUCACGUCCCUGCAGAUUGCCUCUACGGUCAAGUCCCAAACCACAGCCUUCAACCCGGAGCAUCACCCGAUUGUGCUGCAGCAAUUGGUCGAGUCUCUCUCUCCAAGCUCGUUCGUCUCUACCGAGGCCACGUCUGCAGCUACCGCUACUACGGUCAAGAACUCGCUCUCGGGCACCAGUCUGGGAUCCCAAGGCCGACUUGCUAGCCAAAGCGAGAUCGGGAUGACAAAUGUCGCAGCAGUCUGCUAUAUCUUGAUGCACAUUAUCGAAAUAAGUGUUGAGGAAUCUGUGGCGGCAUUCGGUGGUAGCAGCAUAAUCUUUGAGUUCCUGAUCAACGUUCGAGCCCGGUUUUGGUGGAACGAGAAGAAGUCCGAUUCCAGAAAGCUAAGGAUUCCCAUCCCCGCAGCUUCUGUUGACAUUAGAAUAUGCUUCUCGUUACUCCUGAACUCGUCCAUGCGUGCCAUCUUGUACUGCUCCGACUUCAUUGAAUGCGUCCCUGAAGUGCAGAUGAUGGAUGACCUCCGUAAGAACUGGUCGGGGCAAGGUUGCAGAAAGGGCGACGAAGGAGGUUCUUGUGGAUACUUUGACGCGGAGCUGUCCAAUGCAACCGUAGGCUGUCCUGAAUUUGUGGCCCCAUGUGCUGAUACAAUGCGCUUCAUCCACGACUAUCGCGCGGAGUUGGUCUCUCCAGCGUAUAUCAUCUCAGAGUUGGAGGAGUCAUCACGCGAAUAG